AUGAGCGGGUGGGUCGUCGGCGCAGCUAUCAACCUGCUAGGGUCCGUCAUGAUCAACUUCGGGACCAACAUGAUGAAGCUGGGGCACAACAAGCGUGCCGAGCAGAUGGCUGCUGGGGAGACGCCGAAGGGGAAGAACAAGCACUGGCUGAUUGGCGUGAGCGUGUUUGCAGUGGGCAACGUGCUGAAUUUCGUCUCGUUCGGAUUCGCGGCCCAGUCGCUCCUCGCAGCGCUCGGCUCGGUGCAAUUCGUGGCGAACGUGGUGUUCGCAAAGCUGGUGCUCAGUGAACACGUGGGCAUUCGGACGCUCAUUUCCACGGGGAUGAUCGUGGCGGGCUGUAUUGUCCUCGUCUUAUUCGGCAAUCACACGUCCGAGACACAGACGGCCGACGAGCUGAUCGAGAACUACAAGCACGUCCCGUACAUCGUGUACCUCAUCGUCAUCGCGUCCCUCUCCGCGUCGAUGUUCUUCCUGUACCGCACCAUGUCCAUCCGACAGAAGAAGCUCACCGGGACCGGCGAGUCCUCGGCGCUCUGGACCAAGGUGGCGCCGAUCUGUUUCGCGCUGUACGCGGCGCUCAUCGGCACGCAGUCGGUGCUGUUCAGCAAGACCAUCUCCGUCCUGCUGCGCACGACCCUCUCCGGCGAGAACCAGCUGGCCACGUUCUUCUUCUGGAUCAUCCUCGUCUGCUUCCUCGUGACCUGCGUGUUCUGGCUCACGCGGCUCAACCUGGGGCUGCGGCUGUUCCCGGCCAUCAUCAUCGUGCCCGUGCUCCAGAUCAACUGGACCGUCUUCUCCAUCGUGUCGGGCAUGGUGUACUUCCAGGAGUAUACCGAGUUCGACACCUUCUCGGCGUGCAUGUUCGCGCUCGGAGUCGCCAUCGUGAUCACUGGUGUCCUGAUGCUGACGCUCAUCAGCAACAAGGAGCAGGCCAAGGUCCAACAACAGCAGACGUUCACGGACGUCCACGUCCCGGGCUCCCGGGCUAGCUCGGAGAAGGAGUCUCCGUCGUCGCCGAUGCUCCGUGACCACAAGACGUCGGGGUUUGACGGGGCCGCGGGCAGCGGCGCUGACGUGGACCUAGAGGCUGGCACCUGUUUUCCUGACGGAUCCCGAGCGACAUCUCCUCGCGCGUCCGCGCGACCAACCAGCCCUACAGCUCGUGCAUCAGGAGACGCGCACCCAGAGCCGCAGCGGCGGGGCACGCUGAUGAAGUUCGCGAGCAAGACGUUUGUCGAGGUUCGCAACCUGAUGGCGCUGCCUGUGCUGGAGGUGCCAGGCGACGUUGACGGCGACGGCGCCCCACCGACCAACCGCGGGCCCAUGACCGCGCGCGGCAUGGUUGGCUUCGCCAUGUCGGCGUUCGCGUCCCAGCCGGCGAUGAUGAUGCAGAUCGCUACGCCCGGCCCCCAGCCGCAUGUGCACCAACAGAACGAGGACUUUGACGCGCGCGGGGUGCUCUUCGGGCGCGGCGGGCACCUCCGCGGCAUCAACCCGAACCCGGUCACGCAGCUGCGCAAGACCAUCUCGUUCGGUGGGGACCGCGGGGGGGAGCACGUCGCGGAGGCCUCCAGGCUGGAGCGCUUGGAGGAGGAAUCGGAGGAGGAGGAGGAGACCCCGCGGGUCGGCUCCGAGACCGCUGGCUCUCUCAAGCACUCCAACUCGGGGGAGAAGAAGGCGCGCAACGUGCAGUUCAAGGGCGUGGACUCGGGCGGACGGAAGCCGCGCAAGGUCGGCAAGGGACACCGACGCGAACGCUCGCGCAGUUUCUCCGCGCUGGGUGCGAACGAGAUGGCUCUCCUGGCCAUGGCGUCGCAAGCGAAGCCGACCCCCCUCUCCCAAGAGAUCAACGACCCACUUGGUCGCACGGCUCCGGCAGGCGGCCUUGCCAGCGCUUUGCAGCAGGCCCGUCCCAAGACCGCCGGUCAUAGGCGCGUCGUGUCGUCCCUGCCGGUGCCGAGCGCGAUGACGGAUCUGACGCCGCCCGCAACAGACACUCCCGACGCGGGCGUCGAGAUGCAGCGCAUCGGGAAGACGCGGCCGGACGUGACCACGCUGCCGCCACUGCCGUCGGUUCCGGCAAGGAACUUGCCCGCGCUGCCGGUCGCCCGGCGCCCAACGCCGCCGGGCAACAUCAUCACCAGCAGCCCUGCGGUCAGGGCCACGGACAACAACUCAGAUUUCCACUCCGUGCAGUCCGCGUCGUUCAACGAGGAGGCGCCGGACGCGCAGGUGCACCAGAGCAACCGCAGCGCCCGGGGCCGCCAGGCGUCCCUGCGGUCGCAGUUUGCUGCACAGCUGGGUGGCUCGGUGCCGGCCGCCGACGAGGCCGAAGACGCCGACCCGGGACCGCUGACCACGCGCACGCCCCGGGAUCUGCACCUCACGUACAAUUCGCUGCCGAGUAUCGGUCGUGGCCCGUCGGCGGUUGGGGUCGUGCUCGUAGAGCGGGAUUCCGACGCUACUGGCUCACAGCGCAGCUCUCGCGGGAGGCAACCGAGGCAGCCGGAGGAUGCAAGGGACGCCGAUCCUCGCCGUCUGUAG